CCAUGUUUUCUGUUUGAGAUAGUAGGGUAUAUUAUUCCAGUAUUCAGAAUGAAAUCCACACUUGCCAUUGUCGCCGUCUUGGGUCUGUUCACUCUAAACUGUGUGAGAGCUGAUGGUUAUGGAAACGGAGGUGGGUACAAGAUGGGUGGAUUAUCCGGAUAUGGUAAGGGAGGUUACCAGGGAUAUGGCGGAGAUUACGGUUAUGGAAACGUAGGUUACCAAGGAUAUGGCGGGGAUUAUGGAUAUGCAAAGGGAAGUCUCCAUGGAUAUGGUUCUAAAGGAUAUUCCGGAUAUGGAAAUAAGGGAGGUUACGUUGAUACACACUACAUUGCACAACCAUACCCAAUUUACGGAGGUGCCGUUGGUCCCAUAGCUGGUGGAGUAGCCGGUGGAGUUUCUGGAGGAUAUAUGGAUGAUGGUCUUUUCGGUGGAGAUGGUCUUCUUGGAGGCAAAGGAUUAUUGUUACUCUUAUUACUGUUUGUCCUUUUGAGAAACAACAACAACAGCGACUAAAGUUUUAGUGGUUAAAAAGGGAUGGAAAAAAUAAUAAAGAAAACAAAGAUUAUUUAUUUGCUUACAUGUUCAUUGUUUUACACGUUAUUUGUUACUCAAAAUAAAGAUAUAUGUUUAAA